AUGAGCAACGCGCUCAAGGCGGUGUCCGCGACCAAGUACGGCGCUGUUGGGGACAUCGAAGCAAGCUCAAUGCCCGAAGCAAAGGCUGCGGCCAGUAGUGCAUUAGUAGGACCGAUUCCGACUGGAUCCGUCGUGGCAGCAAGCGCGACAAAGGAUGGACGAGAUGGCAAGAACAUAUGGGACGAGUACUACCCGCUCGUGCAGCCAGCGCACCAGUACCACCACCGCAACGAUCGGAAUUCGUCCAACUACUUUUUCCACGGCAUGUUCUCGGCCGACGUCAUGUGGGCCUAUCGUGACGCAGUCAUUGCCUAUCUCGUGGCGCUCUACUCGAUGGUCGUGCUCUCGCUCACGGGGCUCGUGUUUUGCAAACAAUGGGGCAUCGGACCGGACACGCCCAUCGUGUUUGCCUUCCGCUGUCUGUGGUUUAUCAGUCCAGCAGUGGCUUCGCUUGCUCUGCGAAAUAUUGCGAGGUUGAGAUUGCAGGCCUGCAAUACGCCACCACAUUGGAACAUCCCGCCGUUGUACCACCUGUUCAGAAGCUCUCACUCGUCGAGAUCGACGCUCCGACUUGCACUGUUGAGCUACGCGGUUCCAGUGCUAUGUGAAUUAGCGGCCUUUUCAUUCACUGCUGCGACGAGGAUGGUCAACCCGUUUAACCGCACCUUUGUGCGAAAGCUGGAAAUCGUGUUCAGCUUCAACGACGUCGAGGCGCUUGACUCCGGGUUGGUGCUCUAUGUGUUCUACAUAAGCUUUCUCGGUAUAUUUUGGGACCCAAUGCCGCCACCACGAUACGACGUCGGCCUCGCGAUGGGGUUUCGAGCAUGUGGUACGAGUUGGUUCUUCUUGGCGAUGAUUCAGGAGAUCGGAUGGAGCGGAUCUUUGUUUCCAGCGCUCGAGAUUAUUUUCAGCCAUUCGACUAUCCUUGCUUCGGCAAUCACCGGGUGCAUCUGGGCGCUCUGGCACUGGCCCAUGAUCAUUGCCGAUGCACUAGAAGUCGUGCCGAAAGGCUCGGGCUACUUGGUCGCAGAAACGUCGAACUACCACCUUCUCUACGUGCUGGCAGUAUUCACGCUACUUCUCGUUGGCUCCCGCAUCAUAAUGUGCUGGAUCCAGGGCAACUCCAGCUACGUCAUCUGGUCGAGUGUCGUCUACCACGCCGCGCACAACCUGUUCAUCACGUCAGUAUUUGGUCAGCUGACUGCCCCGCUCUACGAAAAAGCCCAAUACUUCAGUUUCUUCAGCUCCGAGGCGUCCAUCUGUCUGCUCGUGACCGUGUGGUUCUCGACAAGCAUUCUCUCGCAGCUCUUUCGAUGGACAGAUCUCAUGCCGAUGCUGCGGCGAGCGCACCCGAGCGCCACGCGCGCGCUCGCUGCGUAG